AUUUAUAUCACACCCCAGUUAAACCGUAUUUUACAAUUUAUUAAUAUGCAUUGGCGUGAUAAAUAGAAGGCGACGAAGACUUUUUUGUUAAAGAUUAAAUAAAACAAAAAAUUUAGAAAUUCAACCUUCUAUUUUUUUUUUAACGCGUUUUUAAAUAAUGACUUCUCAAACAGAAAAAAAUACAGCCGAAGAAGACUCGGACAUAAUCGAAUUUUUGAACCGUAAAUUGGCGAAUCUUACAGUGAAUUCUGAUGCUACGGAAGUUCUCGGGAGCAGCGACGGUUUACCAGUUUGUGAAGUUUCAACACUACUACCACAAUACUCACAGGAAAUUUUAUCUGCUCUUUAUUCUAACAAUACUGUGUUACGACUCGCUGCAGUUGUUAGACUUCGUAAAUAUUUAUCUUUGCAGAAUGUUGAUGAAAGAGUCGAUAAUGUCCUCUCAUUGAACAUAAUAUCAUUAUUAAUUGAAUUGCUUGAAAACUUCGAUGAUCAUUUAUUACAGUAUGAAACAGCCUGGAUAAUCACCAAUAUAGCUGCUGGCUCUACACAACAUACUGAAGCUCUUGUUGCAGGUGGUGUAACACAACACCUUAUUAAAGUGUUAUCAAUUUCCAACAAUAUUGAAGUUCAAACUCAGAUCAUAUGGGCAUUGGGCAAUAUUGCCGGAGAUGGAGCUGUAUUUAGGCAUAUUAUAUUAUCUGCAGGUGUACUGGAUCCUUUACUUUAUAUUUUAUCAAAUUAUGAAAUAUAUGAUUACAUGGCCGUAAGAAUCACAGUUUGGGCUACUGCAAAUAUGUGUCGUGGUUGUCGCUGUUCAGAUCCAUCAUGGUCAUUGAUUACACCAGCUUUCCCUAUUCUGGCUAAUAUGGUACAGCUUAAUGACGCGGAAAUUAUUUCUGAUGCUUGUUGGGGAAUGUCUAGAAUAUUGAAUGGCACUCAUAAGCAUAGAGAACAUGCUUUAGUAAGUGACAAUUCAUUAUGUCGUCGCUUAGUAGAUCUUCUUAGGGAGGAUAGUCUUACAUCCACUGUACAUUUGCCUGUGUUACGAACAUUAGUGAAUAUCGCAUCAGGGGCAGAAAAACAAACGCAGGCAGUGAUAGAUGCCGGAGCAUUAACUGUUUUAACAACGUCAUAUUUAUCGACUAAAAAUUUAACGCUAAGGAGAGAUGCAUGUCUUGCUGUAUCAAAUGUAGCUGCUGGCACAUAUUGUCAGGUAAACGCUGUAUUAAAUGAGCCAAAUUUAAUGGAAAAUGUUGUCGCUUUGCUUUGGGACAGUGAUGUGAAAGUUGUGAAGGAAGCAUGCUGGGUUUUAAGUAACUCUACGAGUUUGCAUGAUUCUGGUCACAUCAACUUAAUCUUACAAUAUGAUAUCCUUACUCCUCUUCUUCAUCAUUUACGUAAUCCAUCAACACCUCAAGAGAUAAUGAACAAACUUAUUGACACGUUAAUUAAUAUUCUUUCAGUUGGUGAUAUGUCCAGUUCUUCUCCUCCUCCACCUUCACAAAAUGCAUAUGCUGAUCAAUUAGCAGCUUCAGGAUUAGUUAAAGCGUUACUUAUCGCUCACAACCAUCAAGGAUUGUCGGAAACAAUAAAAGAGAAAAUAAGAAGUUUAUUAGAAAGAUGGUUCUAUGGAUAUUUGCGUAGCAAUGAGCAAGGAAAUGAGGAUGAUGAUGGAAUAGAUAUAGCGUCCAUUGAGGAGCGUGUUGGUAGAUUAAGAAUUAAUAUGGAAGGUGUUGAUGUCUUUUAAAUAUUUGAAAUAUGUUUUGGACAAACAGACAUUUAUUGAAAUAUAGAAUGUUUAACUUCAAAGGUUCGAUUAUUAUUAAUUUUUUAAAGGUUAUACUUUCACUAUCAAAAAUAAUACGUAUAACAUUAGUCCUGAUAAUGUUGCUAUUAACGAACUUAUUUUAAAUUUAAAUAUAUAUUAUAUAAUAAAG